CAGGUAGAGCAUACACAGUUCACCAUGAUUCACGCUACAGGCAUCCCGUUCUUCAACCCGCUACUCAGCAUGGGCGGCAUGCCGUUCCCUUGGGCACUCCCUACACAGGGCUCACCACCUAGUUCACCGCCUUCCUCACCUGUGUCCAACACCAGCGUGUGGCAUCGUCCGCAACCAGCGAGGGCGGCUUCCUUCACCAUUGACGCCAUCCUGGGUCGCCGUCAGCAAGAAGCGGAACAAGCUGGUCGAUCGCUGGCACUCCGACGAGAUGAGCGGUUGUCCCGGCCGUCACCUUACCCCGCCGUCAACAACGACCAGAAUGUCAACGGCGGCGUUCACUCUUCCGGCAACUCAGGAUCGUCAGCCAAGGCGAAAGUGAAGAGAGUAAGGACCAUAUUCACAGCGGAACAACUGGAGCGGCUGGAGGCAGAGUUCGCUCGUCAGCAGUACAUGGUAGGGCCCGAGCGUCUCUACCUAGCCGCGGCGCUUAACCUGACAGAGGCGCAGGUCAAAGUGUGGUUCCAGAACCGACGGAUUAAGUGGCGGAAGCAAUACAUGGAGCAACAACACGCCAAGCUCGCCGGCAACCAGGAUUCCUCCAUGCUACAAGACGGUGGAGACGAAUCUCUCACUGCGACGGAGGGCAGGAUUUCUCCACUCGGGGACAUUCCUGCUUCCCCUGCCAGCCCGAAUAGCACGGGGGAGCUUCCAGAAGAACAGCAAGAACCCCAGCAGCAGCAGCAACAACAACAACAACAUGAUCAGCCAAGCAGUUUGCCGCCGCCACUCGCCCCUGCGUCUUACCCAUCAUAUUUGGCGGCGACGCUGACGGCGGCGUACGCGGACCAGCAGAAUGAACCGGCGGACCUGACCACCUCCAGCGGUAGAGCCAAGUGAGGCGGGAGAGACACACUACCCGUUACUAAUACUACCCUCGUCUCCGUGACACAGUGAAACGUGUGGAGCUCACCUUGUUGCUGCCAGUGUUGUCAAACGCUGCUGCUGUUGCUUUUAAGUUUGUAAGCCAGCGGCGUUAACAGUCGAAAAUGCGGCCGACGGCGGCGCUGCAAGAACAUAAAGUGCUGGUUUUCAACUCCCUGCGACGUUAGCCUAGUGCUUCAAGAGCUUUGAGACGACCUCCUGAAACUCAGGACUCGUGCGAAAGUGACUUGGCGGCCUCGACGAAUUCGAAACGAUGGAACGAAAACGUCUGGAAACCGCUUUAAGUCAGCAUCACCAGAUACGACCCAAGAUAUAUAUAUAUAUUUUUUUUUACAAAUGCUGAUAUCCUUGUACUAUACAGUGAAAAAUUCAGUUAUGUGGUCAAUUGAACUACUGUUACAUCCUGUGUAUAAAAGACGUGGUGGUCAACCAAGGACCUCAGUGACAAGUGUGAGUCAGCGAUUAUGUUCAAUCUUCACACAGUUCUUGAGUGUUCUAGAAUGAUGCUGAGUUCCUAUUUACAAAAUUCCGUGGGCGUGUAUAUGUAUAUAAUGUAUAUAUUUAUGUACUUUUCUUGAUUGUUAUGAUGUGUAUCAACGCCUAGGUUACUGUCAUUAAGAUUGUACUUUGGCCUCUAUGAUAGAUGAUAAUCUAGUCUUUUUAAUAAAAUAAUU